UGGGUUAAGAUCUAAAAAAUAAACUCUUUAUGUAUUCUUGCAGUCGUGUUUUUACGUCAUAAUUAUUUUGUGCUCCCAUUCAGUUAAGGUAUACAUGGAAUUUCACAGUCAAACCUUCACAGUUGAAACUUAAUCAAACUUAGCUGCAGGAAAAUAAGAAGCUGUCGAUAAGCCACAAACGCCUGCAUAUACAAGGUCGAGGUUGGGUGACUUUUCGAAUUAAAUUUGCAGUUGUCGCCCGAAACCACCGCACUUUCCCGAACUCGCCCGGAAUAUUUCUUAAAUGCAAUUCCUUGUAACAUACCAUAUGCAGACGAUAGUUGGAAGAAGGCACCUGAAGAUAAAGGACUUAAUAAAGUUUAUGUAUAAGUUAUUUAUCAAGUAAGAAAAAAGUUCAAGGAAUUAUGGCUCAAUCUAAGGGUGGAUUUUACAAAAAUUCUGAAGUUAAAGGAAAGAUUUCUGAUAGUCUUGAUACUGCAGUUUUUGACGCCGGAAAAUUAUCACAAGCAAUAACAAAGAGUUCAAGGACAAGAGAGAUUCUCCACCAAUCCACAAAGACAUAUGUAUCACUUGAUAAUACAAUCUUAAACACAGAACAGAGCAUAAAUACGAUGGAGAAAACACUGGAAAGACUAAGAUCACAUAAUCGAGACAACGAAAUGAGGAGCAACAAAAUGACUAUAUUAAGUGGAUAAAUUUUGGCGAAUAUUUAAUUUGGCGAAUGACCAAAAUGGAAUAUUUGGCGGGGAUUUAAUUUGGCGAAUGAUCAAUUUUAUAAAAUUUGGCAAGGAUUUACUUUGCCGAAUACAAAAAACUGUUUAUUCUGGCGGUGAUUUAUUUUGGCGAAUGACACAAAGAAAUGGAUUUUUAUGUCUUGAAAUGUUUUAUAAAAAAUAAGAAUAAACGCAUAUAUAAACACAAGAUUUACCUAUAACAAUCCACUUGAUAGUUGUAUUAUAAAACUUUUUGAGGAAAAAAAAAUUUUUUCUUUCUAAUUAAAAAAACGUAUUUUUUUUAAAAUUUGGCGAGUAUUUAAUUUGGCGAAUAGUAAGUUAUCAAAAUUUUGGCGGGUAUAUAAUUUGGCGAAUUUCGCCUAAAUUCGCCGAAUUUAAUCCUCGCCAAAAUUUAUCCACUUAAGGUAUGUUUUGUCAGAGGUAUUCGGCUGUCCGAAUUUUUGUUGGGAAGUUAUUUAUAACACACGGUAUAAUGGUCCAAAUAAUUGCCGGAUCUGGGAGCAAUAUCCUAAUUAAGCAGGACAUUGGAUAAAAUCGCUGCAUAAUGUUAAAUAGGGUGUCUAUUUUUGAAAAAUACUGCGCUUGUUUUUCAAAAUAUACCAAAUGAGAGAGGAGACGAUAGUUACAAAGUGUGAGAGAAUUUUUUUUAAUCCAGAAUCUAUAAAUUCUCUUUGUAGAGUUUUACUCAGUCUAACUAAUUUAGUAUAUACCUUGUUCACAUCUGCUAAAAACUUACACUACUGCUUACAUGGACAAAAUUCUUGACGUGUGUCAAAAACGUUAAUCUUAACUCCGGCACAAUGUUAAUUGUAUUACAUUCCCAGCGGGUCAUGCUUGUGACACAAAAGAAUGCUGCAACACAACGAUGGAGAAUAAAACAACCUCAUUAUAAUUGCAUGCAGUCAUGCUAGUGUGAGAUUAAACUUGCAUGAUUUGGCACACAUGCUGAAAAAGCUUAUUUUGAUCAACAAGCAACUAAGCAACCUAAGAGAGGUUGAGAUUAACCUAAGCAAAAGUUUGAAAAUGUAUUGUGAAAAUGUAUUCCUGACCUUCGCCAAACUUUUCCAUAUAGGUGUCUUAAAAUUUGAAUCAUGUGUUUGGCGUGUAUGUAAAACCAUAUUUGUUUUUUAUAAAAUUUUGACGUUCAUAAUGACAGGAUUGUUACGUCUCUUGAAAAUCCUCAAAUCUCCUCAAUUUUCAAAUUUCUCAGCAAACGCCUUUAAAUCACCUCUAAAGUAGAUUUUUAACAACUUUCUUCUAAAAUCUUCUCAUUGUUUUUUUUUUUUCAAAAUGCAUAUUAACCCUACUUCUUAUCAUUAUUUGUUCUUCCCUAGUGACUUUUAGAAUUUCUUUAAAUAUUCUCAAUUUAAUUGAAAAAAUAUAAAAAUCUUAAUUUAACAUACGCUUUAGGGUAUUGGAAACUACCCUGAAGUGAAUGUUGAUUCUUGAUGUUUUUUGAAUUGCAGGCUUUCCUCAUUUUGUUUCAGCUUAAUGUUGUUGACAACAUUUUGUUUGUAGCAAACGAUAGCUCAGUAUAAAGAGAAAGAUUAAAAUCUACCGCAAACCUUUGUGUGAUAUUUUUGUUGUUUUUCU